UUGUUGAAAAUGACACCUAUCAGUCCGUCUGGUGGAGUGCUGAUGGAACUGCCGUGGUUAUCCACGAGAUGAUGUUCAUUGCUGAAAUACUUGAAAGGGAUGUGAUUGAUUGUAAAUUCGGCACAAAGAGCAUCAAGAACUUCUAUCGGCAGCUUAAGCUGUAUGGAUUUACCAGGCCUGGAGUUAACCUAGAAAACCAUGAAAAUCUCAGCAUGGACGUCACUGCCAAAAAGGUCAAGGUGUUUGCCAAUCCUUACUUCCAGAGGGGGUGUGAGAACCUCCUGGCCCAGCUGAAGCGGCAUGUAAGGACCAAAGCUACUGAAACAUCUCCAGUGGCUGACGCGGAAAUCUGUAAAGCUUCUGGACAUGGUUGCAAGCUGACUGAUGAAAUGGUCAGCCCAACCUCCCGCAGACCUGCGAUCCAAUGCCAUGACAGGACCCUACUUGGCCCCAGCCGUGGCCUGUCUCUCAUGCUGGCCGCUUUGGAGAGCAAGAGAAGGGCCUUGAUGGAUUUCCUUCGGAUGAAUAGUGUCAACUCAGCAGGUCCAUCAACUUCCGGUGACAUCAACAGCAUCAGUGGAACACAUGAGGCCAAUAAUAACCCCCAUUCCUUCAAUAAAUCAACAGAGUUACUUUAUGUUUAUGACUCAUUGCACCAUUCUGAGCUUCAAUUACACUACAUUGUGAGAUAA